UGUAUAUUGAAUCGCGUAAUGCCAGCGAGACUGUCAGAGGCGUCCACUUGUUGUAGUAUCACUUUAUCAUUUGAUGUCUACCUCCAUGACCAGUUGUGGGGAGGGUCAGUGACCUCAAAUGACCUGGCUAUAGAGGUCAUGACCUUAAUUUCUGAGCUGGAAGUUCUCUGUGAUAAAGAAUCGCAUCAGGAUGCCAAUCAAACGAAAUAUCAGAGAGGGAGCCAGAAAAAGACCUACACGGCUACAUUUGAAACACAAGCUGCGCUGCUCCGGGACAAACUGGAGAAACUGAUGGCGAAGCAUCCCGAUUCCAAGCCGAACAGUCUACAGGUAAGAGAUUGCUAGUCUGCAAGCACAGACUCAAAUUUACACUUUAAGCAAAUAUAUUUAUGUCUGAAGUGAAGACUAUACUCCAAACUCUCUGUUUGUGUCAAAUAACUCUGUUAUAGACCUUUGGUAGAGGCAGCCACAGUAAAUUGUCAAUAUAGUCUUGCUACUUCAGACUCUGCGUUGUGUACUUUGCAAAUUGCGAAAACCAAAAGUCUGCGCCUGCAGACUAAGAAGUUGCAGUGCUGCAUGGAGUGGGUUCACAGACCAAGUUUUUUAUUGGAUGUCUCCCUCUAGGGGCCAACAUUGAAGGUCUGCUCGUUGUUUGAGCACUCAAAUGUAGCGAAGAUUUGAGGAAAUCACUUUGGCUCACUCUUGAAGGAAGGUAAUACAGUUUUAAAUGAAUGCAAGCAAAAUGUGACUUUGGAUCGAUGGGGCAAUGUUUUUGAGGAAAUUACGUCUCUUCUACCCUUCAAAACUAGAAUGCCUUUGAACAUGACUACAUUAAAGUCACAAUAGUCAAGUCCACCCAAAAAAAAUGUUAAUCAGAGAGCCAGAUGAUGAAUGCAAUCUCUGGUGGCGAAUCCACAUAGACUAUAUACAGAUAUUGCCUGGUCUAUCUUUUUGAUAAAUAACAUUUCAACUCCCCUCAGAAGCUAUAUUUUUGACUCAGGAGAAUAUUUUCCCUCAGCGCUGCGUGCUUCGGGCAAAAUAUAAUCACUUGGGAAAAAUAUAACUCCGUUGGGGAGAGGAAAUGUCACAUUCAAACUCUAGGUAGGCAAUAUCUGUAUAAUACCCAGGGUUGAAGUUGAUCAUACGAUUAGUGAGUGGAAUUUAGAGCGGAGCAAUUGUCGCCAGAGCAGACCAGACCAGGGCAAAAUAUAAUCACUUGGGAAAUAUAACUCCGUUGGGGAGAGGAAAUGUUACAUUCAAACUCUAGGUAGGCAAUAUCUGUAUAAUACCCAGGGUUGAAGUUGAUCAUACGAUUAGUGAGUGGAAUUUAGAGCGGAGCAAUUGUCGCCAGAGCAAAUGUCAUGGAACCGUUCAAGAGCCCAGAAUCCCCAUUCCCUGCAAUGUUAAAGCUUAUUCAAUGUUGCAGAUUUUGGCAGUAGGUUGUAAAAAGUCGCCCAGAAAAAUAAAAAAAUGAUAAUUUUGUGUCCCCUUGGCACUAUGCUAUGUUUUCUUCUCUCAAGACAUAACCCAGUUUAGUCUUCCUUAUUUGCCAAAAUUGAGGUUACCCUGAACAUUAAUUUUUCUUUGUAGAAAGUAGCUACUUCCAUCAAAUGUAUUUCUGCAAUUUCUAACACUAUUCAGGUGAUUUCCAUUAACAGCAAAACAUUAAAAAGUGCCAAAUUGAGUUCAAUUUCGAUCACAGAAGAGACUAUUUAUUGUUGGCCUUUCAGAAUAUGUGUUUUUGUGAAAAAUUCUUACUGCCCCAGUGAAAAUAGUGCAAUUCUUCCUGCGUCAGCAAGAAGGCAAGGCCCUAAAAUUAAAUCAUUUUGAACUCUUAAGGUUGGAUAUUACCUUAAAAAAGUUUCUGGAAAAGUGAAUGUUCUUGCAAAUAUUAUUCUUUAAACAGCUCUGAGUGUAAAGGAAAAGACAAUUUUCCGAUACCUUGGGCAAUAAUUUAUCUUGCUUGAAAGCAUUCAAGUCAUAUGCAUUAACCCCUUGAAAUAAGAAAGGCUCUGUCUGUAACAAUAUAAAGAGAAGGCAAAUGCCAUGGCUUUCUAAAGUUUAUUUAUAUUGCCUGGAAUAGCAGUCGCUUCUUUUCCAGACCAAGCGGAAAAUGUGCAACGCAAAGGUCAUUUAUUCAUUCACUCAUUCAUUCAACUUGAGUGAAAAGCCAAUGUAGUUCAUUCACAAGAACAUGGUUGUGGAUUUUGCCAGAGGGCUGUUGCUACAGUGUAGUAGUGCGCUUUGUUUUUUGUGAAGUGGAUAAUUUGGUGGAAGAUAAAUAUUAAGGAAGCGAGAACAGCGGGCGCAGGGUAUAAAAGAGACUUGCAGCGAAAGGAAAUGCUUGUCUUUCAACAGCAUAAUAUUAGAACAUGAACGCAAAAGGAUGGGAUUUUCAAAAAGUUUUUGAUAUCAAGGAAAAAGUAGACAAAUGAAUAGAUCAAAUCAAAGUUUGACAACGUCCUGAACAAUAAUAAAAGCAGAAAAGCAAACGAUUGUAGGUCUCCAAAAAUGUCAGAAUUUGAAUUCAACUGAAAGAAUAAUAUGUGCAUGACAGUUUUAAAUAAAUAUAAAGCAAAACAGUAAAGAUAAAUUGUUCAAGUUAAAAAAGUGGAAUCAAGAAAGGCGGAAGUAUAAUGAAUUUAUCACGGAAGGGAAAGUCUACAAUAGGGGAAUCAUUACGGAGUGUAAAGCCCUAAAAUAGUCC